AUGCUAAGAACACUUCGAUGGCUUCGUAAAGAUCCACAUGUUCAUUAUGAAGUAUCUGAAAUGCAAGAUGAACAAAGUCAACAACAACAUUCUGCUCGAAUGAUUGAUUUAUUUCGAACACCAACAGUUCGUUGGGCAUUAUUUAUAACAGUAUUUCUUCAAUUAUCUCAACAAUUCUCUGGUAUAAAUGCAGUUAUUUAUUAUUCAACUGUUAUAUUUCAAUCAGCUGGUUAUGAAAAAGAUUUAGCUGAAUAUGCAAAUUUAGGUUUAGGUGCAACAAACGUAAUUGUUACAAUAAUAAGUGUUUUUCUUAUGGAUCGUCUUGGUCGACGUAUUCUUCAUUUAACUGGUAUUGGUGGAAUGUUUGUAGCAAGUUUAAUACUUGUUAUAUCACUUGUUGUUCAAUCAACUGCAUUUUGGAAUAAAGUUUCACUUAUAAUGACUAUUUUAUUUGUUGCAUUUUUUGCUGUUGGACCUGGUUCAAUACCAUGGUUAAUUACAUCAGAAUUAUUUAAUCAAACAUUUUGUGUACCAGCUUCAAGUAUUGCUGUACUUGUUAAUUGGUCAGCUAAUUUUAUAGUUGGUCUUGGUUUUAAACCUCUUUUUACGGGUUUAUUGCAUAAAUAUACAUUUCUUCUAUUUACAGUACUUUUAUUAAUAUUUUUUCUUUUGACAUUUUUUUUCGUACCAGAAACAAAAGCAAAAACUGUUGAUACAAUCUAUGCAGAAAUAAACGCUGGUCAAGUAUGGAGGAAACGUCGACCACAAAGUCAAAAUUAUGAUAAUCGAACUGGGGGCAAUAAUGAUGUUGGUAGCACUGUUGAUUAUGGAGUUUUAACAUGA